CUUCCUCGGAUGAACAAAAACAAAACCCUUACACACGCACGCACACACCCCAUUUAACAAGGUUCUCUUUCAAGGCAAAACCCGUAACUCUUGCAGCCCAGGCAAGCAUCAAUUUCUCCAGCGGAAGAAACGUUUAUUCUAGAAACUGAAAAAUAAAAUAAAAUAAAGUCCAAUGGGAAAUAUUUGAAAAGAGGUCUGGGUAUGCAGAGCCCGGAGCAAAGAAGACCCAAGAUCCGGGUUUAAAGGCUCUUCACAAAGACUAUGGAGCGGACUUGUUUGGCGCAGCCUCCAGGAUCAACCACAGCUCAAGGGACCAGCUUGGAAGCACCCCCAGGCCUUCGUCAAAGUUGGGUAACCCAAUGGCAGGACUUCCUGGAGACCUUGGAUUCCCCUGACUCUGGAUGGGGAAACCCCCAGCGGGCAGAGCUAUGGGGUGAUGCCAAGACCUUCCUGGCUUCCUUCGAACAGGUGGCCGAAGCCUGCCGGUGGCCUAGAAGGGAGUGGGCGGCCCGGCUCUUGCCAGCCCUCAAUGGAGACGCCGAACAGGCCUUCAGGGGCUUGCAAGCCCCAGACAGAGAGGAUUAUGGGAAAGUCAAGGCUGCCAUCUUGCGCAGGGAAGCCGUCAAAAGGGAGGCGCGGCGCCAGCAGUUCAGGAAGUUCCACUGCCAGGAAGUGGAAGACCCACGUAAAGUUUACCACCGGCUCCAGGAGCUUUGCCACCAGUGGCUGAAGCCGGAAAAGCACACCAAGGAGCAGAUCCUGGAUUUGCUCAUCCUGGAGCAGUUCUUGGCCAGCCUGCCACCCGAGAUUCGAGACGACGCAAGUGGGGGCAGCGUGGCAGAGGACCACGUCCAGAGAGUGGCCCUGACCGAGGAUUUCCUGAUGAGGCGUCAAGAAGCUGAGAUGGAGAGAUGGCAGGUCCCAUUCCACGAGAUCACCGUGGAACUUGAGGAGGACCCAGUAGACACCACCUGGAGGCAGGAUUGCCAGGAAGCUGAGCAGAAAGACGAUCAGGAUAUCAUUUCAAUCCCUGAUGAGCGAUCGCUUCCCUCCAGUCUGGUGUUUUACUCUUCUGAAGGACAGGAAGAAGCUAAUGCAGAAAUGUUUGAGGUUUGUGAGGUCCCAAUAAUAUAA